AUGGCAAAGUCCAGCAACUUCUUCCUUCAACCGAGGGUCAACUCUACAACAUCUAUAGACUCCACCACUGCAAAAUUGAUUCAUCCAAUCUUGCACGAUGUUCACACCUUGCGAAAGCUGGCCGAUGCUCAAAGAAUAGACCUCAAUGUCACAUCUCGCAAGCGACAUUUCCCAAGCUUUACACAACAUCACAUCGCAUUCCUCAUCGAACAGCCCUUGCCCCCGAAAAAAAGGCCCAUCGUCAAGGGUUGA